CGGAUCCGAAUCGCGUGAGUGUUAUACUUGAAUGGAGGAGCUGAAUCGAUGCCAGAAAUCGCCUAGGAGUUGGCGCCGAUGGAACAGUUGGCGGAUCUGGCCAGGCGGUAGUGCCGGUGCGACAGCUGAUCUCCGCCAUAUAGUCAGAUGGACCAGCCGUGGACCCGUGGAUCUUUAGAGUGAUUCGCCAUCAUGCGCACGCAUAUCAAAUUUUCGCGGGAUUUGUCGUCUUUGUCGUCGUCGUCGUCGUCGUCGUGGUCGUCGUGGUCGUCGUCGUCGUCGUCGUCGUCGUCGUCAUCGACAAUACGGCGACGCGCUUACCGCGUCCCGCUCGCUCAGCCGGCGCGGCGUUCGUUCUCUCAGGGUCUCGGGAUCGUCAGUAGUCCAACGACACUCCGUCGAAGUGCAUCUACCCCACGACGCCUCGUCGUAGUCGGGUGGUAGUCUUGUCGUAUUUAUCCUGCUCAGUACUACGCGCGUUUUCUACAGCUCCCGAUUCGGAGCGAACAAAAGUUCGCUUACUUUGUUCACACGUGUUCCAUGCCUUCACCCCUUGUUAUACCUCAUCACUCUCGCGCCGUUCUCGCCGCCUCCUAUUGCUUUCUACUGCGUGUACACGCGUGCGGAGUGUACUUGCGUUUCUUACGCUUCUUCUCUCUCCCUACUACUACUACCAACCCUUUACCCACUAUUCUUUGUUAUACUGGUGUAUAUGUACUCGUAUAUGUAGCUCUCCAUUUUGUUAAGUGAAAAGGAAAAACAGGGGGAAAAGAACUGGUAGCUCUCGUUACUAUUUUUGUAAUAAUCUUCCUUUUCUCUUUUUUCUGUUUCUUUUUCUCUAUUGCCACCAACUCAAAACCACACUAGUAAAAGCUAAAGAAUUGGAAAAUCAGUCACGAAUGGCCUUUCACUUGAUACUGUUAUACAUGUGAAUCGUCGAUUUAAUCUUCAUGAACUGUCGGUUUAAUCCUCUUAAAUCGUUGAUUUAAUCCUCUCGUCACUUUUUCGCAUUCACUGCGAUUGCUCUUUGACAUUGGUCACGUUUUUUUCUUGUCGUUGUAACGCCAGGAUAAUAAUCAUGGUUUAAAACAGCUUCAAACGAAUAACAAAUGUAUCGACAGAGGAAGUUUACUUUCAAGUAGAUCAUAUCUCGAUGCGGAAUAUUAUUUUAUUUCUGGAACGAAUUGUUUAUAACUAUAAUCGAUGCGCGUCAUUUUUUUCUUUCCGUAUUUUUUAACUCUUUGAAUGUUUCAAAUUUUAUUUAAGAUUUUUAAAGUGAGUUUUUUAUAACAGUUAAAAAUAAAGAUUACCUAAAAUGUAUAAAAAUGUAUAAAAUUGGCUAAAAAUUUAAUAAUAUUUACAUACUACAUGAUUUGCAAUUCUUCUCUUUAAAGUGUUUCCAGAAUUGCUUGUUUUAAACGUAAAUACGGCUAAAAAUAUGUGUAAGAAAGACCUAUGAUAAUUAUUUGUCAAUUAUAAAUAAUGUUGCUUUAGAAUAUUUUAUUUCGCGAGUGAUUCAAGUAAAAUUUUUUAAGGAAAACUUUAAUUUUAUCAUAUAACGAUGCAAUAUUUCAUUUUAUUUUGAUCGAUUUCUUUUUAUAUUGUCCUCCAUCGUAGGUAUUAUUAAUGGGAUUUUUUAAUUGAUUUCUAUUAAAAUUUAAAAAUUUAUUUAUAAGUAAAAGAAUAUAUAAGAUAUACAUAAUUUCUAAAAAAAAUUUUUGAUCGGCAUUGACGCUAAAGAUUGUAAAGAUAUUACAUAUUUUUUAAUAAAAUUAUAUUAGAUUUCCCUAACAAUUCGGAAAUGUGAAAAGCACAUAUAUUUUUUAAUUUCCAAGUCUUUACGCUCUUUAUCACUCACUUAUUUAUCCUCUCUCAUCAUAUGAAGAUUCCUUCGCGCAAAUUUCAAUGUAAUCCUUUUUGUAUUACACUUCUUACCUUUUGCAUUAAUGAUUUACAACUGUUUCUUAACUUUUAUAAUAGCCUAAUAAGCGCUUAGAAGUGCCGUAUCGAAUGGCAUCAAUGUUUUCCAUACUAAUAAUAUGUGCAAUAUUUUUUUGAUUAGUAACAUCAAUGCAGUUUCCGUUAGCUAAUAAAUGAUGGUUUUUGUCACUUAAUUAUUUGGCAAUUAAUGUUAAGUCGUGUACUUCUGAAAAUUAUCUAAAUAAAAUUUUUUUUUCUUAGAAAAUUUCUUUCCUUAAACUUAGUGUUUUCAAAUAAUUUUUUACAUUAAAUUAUUAAAUGAUUAAUUAAAGAAAUUAAUUAGAAAAGUGUGUGUUAAAUAUGUAUCAAUAUUAUGUUGGUUGAUAUUUAACUUAAUUUUAAAUAAUUAGAAAGUCAAGGCAAAUAAAAAUUUUAUUUCGAUUUAUUUAGGUAUGGGAGCAAAAAGGAAACAACUGUAUUAGGCACAAUAUAUAUCUAGAUAAAAAAGCAUUAUUGCACAUAAAUGUUCGUGUAAUCUCAAUUCGAUUACUGCACAUUAGAUUUACCAUAUGAUGGACGCGAUGGACUCUUCAUCUUUCCUCGACUUAUCGCAAUAUUGAAUAUCGUAAUUCAAGUGCGCGUACAUCAAUUUAGAGUUUGUUCUUUGUUGCCAAUAGUUCCGUCAAUUUUGGAUUUGAAUUUGAAAAAGAAUGAUCGACUAAUUUGGAGUAAAACUUUCCUAUUACAUUAUUAUUGUAUUGGAUCUCUUUAUGAACAAAUUUGGCAUUUCGGUGAUUAGUUCGUUUGCGACAGAUGCGCACACUUUUCGAAAAGUUGUUAAAAUCGAUAUACGCGCUACGGCUCAAGAUUGGUCAAAGUUGGAAAGUUUCGUGAUGCAGUGAUUCGGAGAGACAGUCGUGUGCUUAUCUCUCAUCUUACGAAGGAAAUGGACAAGGACAGGCAUGUACAAGAAAUGAGCCAGACUGAAAGGAGCGUCGUGAAGCACGGUCCUAAGGACUCACCUUCACGUUUUUCACCGUUGCCACCAUCACCACCACCAUUACCACCACCACCACCACCUCCUUUGCCGAAGCUUCCGACUUACUCGCACCAAAAGCUUUUCAAGAAAUGCAAAAGCGCUACGUUCCAACUUGAUGGCGCGACAUAUACGAUAGUUGCAUCUCCACCGGAUAGACGAGUGACAAAAGACGAUAUUGGGGUAGCCUCAGCCAGUGUAGCGGUGAACAACGCGGCUGUUAGCGGCUGCAGUAGCGGCACGGCGUCAUCGAGGUCGCACAAUCCUUCCUCUUCUCCCGGUCGGAACGGCCAACUCUCUAAACAGGGCACUUUAACGAUAGUACGUCGAAGUUCCGGCAAAAACAAAAGCAUCAGCGGUGGGAAUUUCGAAAGUUCUCCAUCGCCGCACAAUCCCGAUACUUCGUAUUUAUCGAGUCAAUCCGUCGAUCUCGAAGAAAUCCUCGAUAAUGUCGAUCUUACGACGGAUUCGCUUCCUGCUGUUGACACUCCCGAUGCAUGCGACAAAGCUGCUCUCAGAUUGAGGUGUUUAUUGAGGCAGCUACAACAUGGAGAGAUAUCUGCCGAAUUACUUCAACGAAACUUGCACUAUGCAGCUCGUGUACUCGAAGCUGUUUUCAUCGACGAGACCAAGGUGAGUUCAGGCGAGAAUGAGUGCGCUCGGUCAUCACGUAGGGGGGCGGGCCUGACGUCUUCAUCCCUAGGGGGCGGCUUGGACCCAGAUGGACCACAGAGCCACGCGGUGGUAACCCAGAAACGGAAGCUUCGCACCCCCGUAUGGGCAAGGUUGCGAAACAUUCACAUUUCCAACCCCCUUUACGACCUCCAUGUUUAAUUCCGUAUAAAACGAUCCUCCUCCGACUUUCCUUUGUUUUCCACUUGCCCUACCUUAUCUGCCAAUUUUUUCCGCACUAUAAUCCGUGCCAUCGACGUUCUUUAUCGUCUUUAUUUUCAAAUGAUAAAUUUAUGCUCGCGCUCGUCUUAAGAAGCGAGAUGUUUUCUCUUGACUCUUGAGGAUAAUCGUUUAUAAUCACGUCGAUGAGAGCGUCAUCAUGAAUUUCAUCCAUAUAAUAUUGAUACAUACCUGAUGAUUAUUAUUUUAUAAUAUUUAAAAUUAACAACAUGAACAGCACAAACAGAAAAUUUCUAAGUAUUUCUAAAUAUCUUUUUGUAACAAAACGUAAUUUUUAGUUAUCUAAUUGUUCACAUUCUUCAAUUAUUUGAAAUUAUUAUAAACAAUAUGAAUAUAUAUAAUAUUCAUAGUUAGAUAAUUAAUAGUUAAUAUAAUGCUUUACAAUAUAAAUAAUAAUUAAUAGUUAAUACAAUGCUUUAUUACAAGCGUAUAAAAGUGUGUGCAUCUAUCUACUAUAUUAUUACAAGUGAUAUUCUUAAGUAAUUAAAAAUAUUAGCAAAUAUUGUUAAAUAUGAAAGUUUUGUUAUUUGUAGUAUUGAUCGAACGAGCAAGGAUUGCUUAAUUAAAAAAAAUUAAUUUUAGUUAAUUAAUUAAGGCAACUUACAAUCAAUUAUAAUAAAGGAAAAAUUUUAACUAGUUACAAUUGAAAUCUUUAGCUACUUGAUAUAUGGUAGUUGGCGAGUAGAAACUUUGAAAAACUUUGAGGAUAUUUUAGAGAAAAAAAACAAAUAAAGCAAAACGUUUCAUGUAUUUUGUUAUAUUCUGUAAUAAAAUCUCCUAUUUGUUAUCUCUAA